AUGGACGACGAAGAACUGACCGAAUGGAUCAUGAUGGGCGACUUGAGCGAAGUAACGAAGUUACUGGAUGAUGGAGUAGACCCUGAUCAACUGGAGGAUGAAGAGACAUAUAUGUCACCCUUGAUUUUUGCCUGCGAAUACCAACAUGUGGAUAUUGCCAAACUCUUGGUGCAUCACGGUGCCGAUGUGAAUGCCAGGGAUUGUCGUGGUUGGACGCCAUUGCAUUAUGCAUGUUAUAGGUCGAAUCUGCCAAUCGCUGAAACGCUGUUGGAUAAGGGAGCUGAUGUGGAAGCAACGGAUAGGGAUGGAUGGACUCCUUUGUUCCUUGCCUCCAGAAAGGAGUUUGUGCAAUUGUUAUUGGAUAAUGGUGCCAAUAUUAGAGCAAGGUGCAACGAGGGAUUCACUCCAUUGGACCAAGCAUUGCACUUUAAUUGUUUCGAAAGCGCCAAACUCUUGCGACGUCGAGGUGGUUGA